GAUCUCCUCUGUUUAUUUUAUUAACUACCUACACGCUCUCGCUCUCGGCCUGCAACGUAAAAAAAGAAGAUGGUGUUCUGCACCUGCGCAGAACAAACAACCUGCAGAUGUUGAGUCGAGAUGGACCUGGAACGGGAACGAUGCAGCCAAUCCCGUAUUUCAAACAAGUCUGUAGGCUUCCGCCGCGGAGAAAACCUCGUGUUGUUCAAGUUACUCAUUGCAGUUGAACCCACACACCGCCCAUAGAAAUGGGUGGUCCAUGUGCAUGGAGGCGUUUCUACAGAUACGAGCCCUACAGAGAGGUCCAGCCAAGCAGAGAUGCGAGAUGCAUAACUCGACAUCCAAAUAUGGCAUCUCGAGAUGCUGAACUAACGCAGGCUGAUCAGAUCAGAGUUUACACCGUUUCCUGUUUUUAACCUUGUGCCUCCCCGCCUCCCAACGGGCAGGUUCAACACUGGUGGCAACGGGAUCUUGUGGCUACAAGGUUGACGAUGGCGCAUGAGUUUUUUAUAAAAGUCAACGAGCGGACAUGUCAAUGGCAGUUAACAAAAGUGCCAAGGCGUUUAACAAUCACUUGACAUUAUUGAUAGGGAACCCUUUCAACGCCAUAAUGCAUAUUCCCAUGACGGGUAACAGGAAGUGAGAUUGAGCUGCAUAUGCAGCAUGGCAACAACAUCCCGGUAUCCGAAUAGCCAUCCUCCCAGAAUAUCUCAUGAUGUGAUUAGCUAUACAGUAGCAUAAUGAGGGGAACCCAUGUCCUUAGUGGCUAUAG